CUGUUCCGUCACGAGCAGAAGCUAUCGCGCUAUCUCUUAACACUGCUGUUGCAUGCGUCGCCGUUCACUAUAUAGGAAUACUAUAUUAUAUGCGUGUCUAUUAGUCGUUCGUGGCCGUUCGUGCGACGUUUUUCGCGUUCAAAAAGUACUUUUACUACCUAUACUGUCAGAAUUUUUUCGGUUCGAGUGUAUUACUACUAAGUUUCUCCAGAAAAAUCAGAACAAUGAACAUCGACAGCGUGCUCGUCACCGUGGGUAUGGGCCGUUACCAAUUUGCGGGCUGCGUGCUUUUCGGCUUCAUGAUAAUGUAUUCGAACGUAUCGCCGGUUACCUACGUCUUCACCGCCGGUGAUUUGAAAUACAGGUGCGCGAUACUGGGAUGUGACUCACCAGACCCGGCCGAACGAACUUACGAACCAGAAUGGUUGCGAUUCACAACGCCUUACCGAGAAGACACGGGACUGCCGCGCAAAUGUCAGCGAUACUCAAGGAAUCCAGCUAACAGUUCGGGGUGUGGGCAAAGUGACUUCAACAGAAACACGACGGAAUUAUGUCAUGAUGGAUGGGUGUUCGAAGAUAACGAGAAAACCAUCGGAACGGAGUUUGAACUUAUGUGUGAAGAAAAUAAAUGGAAACUAUCGAUGGUGGGCACAGUCAACAACUUCGGUCAGUUUAUCGGCAUACCCGUGUCUGGAAUCAUCGCAGACAAGUUUGGUCGAAAGUUUGCUAUGGUGUUUUGUGCUGUUACAUCAGCAAUAAUAUGUAUCAUUCAAUCGUUUUCUGUAAAUUACCAGAUGUUCUUGAUUUUGGAAUUGUUGUCUUCUAUUGUUUCCAGCGGUGUUUAUACAGUCACUUUCGUAUUAGCGAUGGAGUUGGUGCUUCCCAAUCACCGAGUACUAUACUAUUCGAUUCUGGAAUGUUUCUAUCCAAUAGGUGCCAUAUUGGUGGCUUUUAUUGCCAGCCUAGUGAAAGACUGGAGGCUUUUGUUGCAGAUAGCCAACAUCCCGGGAUUGCUGUUUUUAUCAUACUUUUGGCUUACCGAAGAAUCGAUGAGAUGGUUGGAAAUGCAAGGCAAACACGACAGAGUGAUAGAUGUCCUUAAGAGAAUAGCUGGCAUUAAUAAAAAAUCUUUGCCUGUACUGCCUUCUAACGUACAAAUGGAGACGAUAAAUUAUGACGACGAAAACGACGCAAAGUACGUCAAUAUCUUAAAAGACGUGAUCAGGUCUCCAACAAUAUUAUGUAGGCUGAUCAGGUGUUCACUUGUGUGGAUAGCGAUAACCUUAGUGUAUUACGGGCUGUCAAUAUGCUCAACUGACAUCGCAGGGGACAAGUAUCUGAACUUCUCGUUGGUCUCAUUCGUUGAGAUACCAGCCUGCUUGCUGAAUUGGUUGAUUAUGGAAGGGAUGUCCCGAAAAAUGUCGUUAUCUUGCAUGUUUAUUUUGUGCGGUUUCACCAGUGUCCUAUACAAUUUAGUUCCGGACUCAUUACUUCUGAUAAAAUUAUCGAUAUUCUUGAUUAGUAAACUUGCAAUAUCCAUCGCAUUUUGCAUAAUUUACAUGCUAACUGUGGAGAUAUUCCCAACCAGGAUGCGAGCAACCCUGUUAUCAGUAUGCUCUAUGAUUGGUCGGAUUGGAUCCAUGUUGGCACCACAGACCACGUUGCUGGCUGAAUACUUUGGUAAUUACGUGACUAUGUUAGUGUUUGGUGCGACGGCGCUUGUGGCAGCCGCAAUCACCAUAACUCUUCCGGAAAGCAAAAACAUCAAAUUGCCCGACACCGUCGUCGAAGCUGAACGGAUCGGGAUCGACCGCCUGCUACCCGAAAACAUCGAAAACUCUUAAUUUUAUAAUAAUUAUUAAUAAUAAUAUUUUUAUACGCACGUACAAAACGAUUUUAUAAUGUGUGCAAGACGUCCUUAAAGCCACGUAGAGUGAUUUUCGCGAAAAUUCUAAAAUAUAUACUCUAUAAAUAGUAUAUUGUUUAAUAUAUGCGACAUUUUUAGUUAGCUUGUUAUUACGGGACACUCUAAACACGUAACAAUGAAUUUUGUUACUACCUAUACAGCUCCUCGUAAUUUUCAACGUUUCGUGCACGUUUAAUUUGCCAAUAGCUUCAUUGGAAAAUGUGAGGAACAGAUGAUGAGACAGGUAUCUCGCCGAAUCGAUAACCCAAAAAGAAUACAAUGAUCUUUCAAUUCAUUUUUCUUGAUCGGAAAACUAUCGCUUUCAAAAUAUAUCAUUAUUCUUAUUUAUAUUGUGCAUUAUAACGUAAUUUAAAUAUUAUACUUAUACAUAUAUAUAUAUAUACAGGUGAUUCAUCAAGCAUUCUUUAGUGUAUCUCAGUUAAGGAGUAAGCACCGUGUUUUAAAAAACUUGAAUUAUGUAUACUUUAUAUAACCAUUUGUUUUUUACUGAUAACUUUUAAGCAUUUUGGUUUUUUUUCUAAUACACGUGUACCUAAAUCCAAAUUCAAACAAGAAACGUUUUUACUUAAUGAAUUAUUAAAAUGUAUACAACUAUGCUAUAAAUAAUGGUCUUUAAUAAUUUUAUUAUUUUACAAAAAGUAUUUUUAAAAAUUAUAAAAUGUUAAUUGAUUAAUAUAAUUUUGUUUUAAAGGCAAAUAACUAAAAUGAUUUAGAUAUAACAAAAUUUUCAAAAAAAUCAUCCGCUUAACAGUUAAUAUUGUUUAAAUAGUAAUAUAGUUAUUUUCAUUUGAAAAACAUUUCAAGAAUACUUUCUUAAAUGGUGUGAAAAUUAAAUUAUUUAAACACAUAAUCUGAUAAUCUACUCUUAUAUUUAAUAAUUCAAAAAAUCAGAAUCAUUUUAAUACACUAAUUGCUAAUACCUAAAAUUAAAGAAAAAAAUGUAUGGGGGGCAUGAUUAAUGAAUCGCCUCGUAUAAUGUAUUAUGUAAUAUGUAAAUAAUUUAUAUUUACGAUUUUAUACAUUAACAGUGUACGAAAUGUUUAAGUUUAUGAUGUAUAGGAAUGAAUAAUUCUUCAAAUUUGUUUUAAAACAUUUUUAUUUCAAAUCUAUACUUAAUAUCAGAAGUUCUGCUUCAAAACGGUUAAUUAUCCUGAAUAGCUUAAUCAAACAGGGGAGUUCCUAAUUAUUAUAGUAAUUACUUAUUAAACCUAUUAAAAAAUUAUGAAUACUUUCCACGUGCUUGUACAGUUAGAUGUUUAGAACUUAUACAUCCAUCCAUUAACUAUAAUAUGUUAACCUAUUGUCUAGAUUAUAAUGACUAUAGAUACUUAUAUAAGUUGUAUAAUUUUGAUUAUAAUAUAUAAUAUGUGUGUGUGUGCAUUUGAAAAACCUUUGACCAUUAUUUAGUGCUUGGGAUUCAGAUGCCCUUCGAAGACAAAUAUUUUCAUCUGGGACGUCACUAAGUGUAAUAAACUUUUCUGUACAUAAACUAAAUUGUGACUUUA